UCAACUAUUUUUGACGAUUCAUCAAUAGAGUUGAAUUUAGUUUUKACGAAACCAAAUCAAUUUUUACUAUCUGAUAAAAUGUCAGAAGAAAGCAAGAAAAGCUUACCCCAGAUCGCAAUAACUGCGUAUGAGUCCAACGAGGAAGAUAUUGAAGUAACAAAUCUAUUAAAUGGAGCAAAUGAGGAAAAUAUUGUUAAGAUACAUGAACCACGAUCAGUUUCUCCUAAACCAAACAGACAUAAAUCAAGAAUUAUAUUAAAAUCCCCCAUCACAGCACAUUUACAAAAGUCACUUUCUCCAUGCUUAACAGACUUGAAUAGCUACACAGAUGUUGAAGUAAUGUCAGAUUCAGACGAGGAAAAAUACUAUGUAAGAACUCCUAACCUUACACCAUGUCCUAUAGAUUAUUUAAUUCUAACAGAUGUGGAAGACUUGAGUGAAGAUGAAGGAUAUGAAAAACACAAUAAGAUUUUAGAUGAACUUACCGAUACUGAAAAUUUCAUAGAUGAUAAAGGAAUAAUCAAUGAAGUUGAAUGCACUGAACAGCCUUUAGAAUCAAUGCCCAAUUUUCCCCAGCCACACAGAGAAACUUUAUUUCACUCCAAAGAUGGAACAGUAAGUACAUUAUCACCAACCGAAGAGUCAAACCCUAUUUGGCUCAAAUCUCCAAACGAAGAAGUUAAUGGUGUUGAAUCUGAGGAAGAAAUUAUAAUAGUUGAAGAACAUGGUGAUAUAGAAUCGUAUAUCAAAAACAAUAAUAAUACAUAUUAUCAUGAUAUAGAUAUUGGUGUAGAGGAAUCUGUAGAAACUGUUAAACAAGAACGAUGUAAACAAAAAUAUAGAAACCGAUUAUUAACAUCAAAAAAAAAUAUAACGGCUGAAGCAGAUAGUGGUAAAAAGCGACAUCGAAUUAAAAAUCGACGCAAUUCAGAAAUUGAAGAAAGUUUUGAAAAACGUUCUGAAGAAAAUAAAAAAAAUUCAUUAUCAAAUUUUAUGUCAGAACCCACCAUCAAUAAUGUGGCCAUCCCUAAACAAAAUCAAAAUAUUAAAACAAAUAAAAUCAACAAUCAAGAGAUUAAUAAUACAUUUGUGAUACAUGACAACAGAAAUGGUUUUAGCAUUUCAAUCGACUUUCAAAGCCAGAACUCAGUAUUAUUAAGCGUUGGUAGGGAUUACGGAAAUUUAUCAAUGAGAUGGUUUAAUGAUGGAAUAAUCACAGGAAAUGAAGCCAAUCAAACUCAACAACAAAAUGCAAAGUCUAUAGAUAAUUCUGAGCGCAGCCCAGAAUUAACAACUAACGCCAACAACUUAGCACUUCAAAACUCCAUAGAUAAAAUCCCACCUAAACCAAAUCCUAGACAUUCCAUUGACAGUAGUAUUACGUCUUCUCUAGAUGAAGAUGAUGUAAACUAUACUACAAAAAAACAAUUUUGGGAAGAAAUAACCAAAACUAAUCAACCUCCACUACCAAAACCUAGAUAUAGUAUUUCUUUACCAAUCAACAAUAAUUCAAAAAGACCCAUAAUGAACAAUGCUUCUUUAGAACUCUUCGAAAAUUCAUUCGGUGCUUCUGCUUAUGCAGAAAUACCUGAAAUGAUCAAAAAAUCUAUGACAAAUAACCAAACUACAGAAAAAAAUGUAGUUUCUGAGUUAAUUUGUCUGAAAUCGGAAUUGCUCGAUGAACAACCACAUAAACCACAAGAGGAAGAACAUAAUUCUAUUAUAGAAACUAAACGAUUAGAUUCUGAAACUGAAUAUAUUAAUAAAUAUGGAGAAGAAUCAUUGGCUUUUGAAAAUGAAGGCUUUCAAGAAGAUGUUUUUGAUGAUAAAGUAUCAGCUAAAAGAAAAAUGGACACAAAAACUAGAUCAUUGUCAUUACCAUCCCAUCAAACUGAAAAUAUUUCAUCUAAAAAUUAUAUUCAGCAAAUUAAGCCUCAAAUGGAAGGAAUACAAAUGGAACAAGAAUCCUCACCUGAACAUAAAUCAUUGAAAAACACAUCACAUCAAAAAUCGCCAAGCCAAGAAGUUCUUAUUAACCGUCAAAUUCAUAAACAUAUUUUUUCUAAUGAAUUAGAUGAACAAAUAGAUUCGUUAAUACCUGAAGAAAAAUAUUUAGGCUUAAAAUGUGAAAAAAACGUUUCAAUGAAUUCAAUGCAUACAUCAUCCGAUAAAAUAUCUGUAAAUACAAAUGAAAAAUCUAUAACGAAAACUGAAUCCGCUGAAUCAUCUGUACUUGAUGAUUUACCAGAAGAAAUAAAAAUUAACAAAGCUAUUUCUAAACAAUCAAAAGACAGAAACUCGUUAAGCUUAACUCAAGAUCAUAUUGAUGACAUUCCUUCGGACACUUGUUCAUUUAUUGAAGAAAAAGAAAAAUCAAUUUUACAUACUGAAUCAAUUGAUUCAUCAAUGAUUGAUGAUGAAUCACAUCACGAAAUAGAAAACGAAAAAGAAAUGUGUUUAAAAACUGUACCCGAUCAUAUUAUUCACACUCCAGAAGAACAUAUUCCAGACACAAUAUGGGAAGUCACUCAGCUUGGAACGGACGAUCAAGAGUUAGAGAACGUUGAUAUCAAAGAUCGAUGUGUUUUCCAUCAAAAUUUUGUUCAACAAGUUGAUUCUAUUGAAUCCCUUGAAAACCCAAAAAUAGAAAUGACUGAAGAACUGGCUAGAAAUAUAGCAGAACAAUUAGUUAAUGAAAUUGAAAUUGAACUUACGAAACGUCAUGAUGUUUUGGCAAACUUGCAUCAUUUAAUGAUAUCACCUGAUCAAUUUAAACAACUGGAAAAUAGUGGUUAUUUAGAUAUAGAAGGAGAAGAUUUGCAGCUAAAAAUAAUGGAAUCAGUAUUAGCAAAAAAGUCCAGGGACCAAUUGAAAAGUAUUUCAAAACAUGAUACAAUUACUUCAAGUAUUGAAAUUACUGAUGAAGACUUAAAAAGUAGUGGUUUUGAAAUUGAAUACGAAGGAUUGACAAAAUCACGUAUAACUGAACAUAAUAUUCCCGAUACUGAUGAUGAAAAAUCUAAAACAAAUCCUUCUAACAAAACUCAAGAUAUAAUUAAUGAAUCUCGACAAACUUCACAUGAUGAAAAAGAAGAAUAUUAUAAAAAUGCAAAAGAUAAUUUAAUUAUUGAAGCUUAUAUAAAAGAACAACAAAAUGAAAAUGAUAAACGAAUAGAAUCUCAAAAAAAAGAUAUUUAUUUGAGUGGGCAUGUUGAUCAUAAAUCAAUAUCCCAAAAACACUACAAUGAUACUAAAACCGAUGUUUUUGAAAAAAAUAUAAUCAAUGAAAAUGACCAAAAAAUAGAAACACAAGAACUAGGAUCACAUUAUAAUUCUAAUGAUAAUAAUAGUGUCCACAACAUUCACAAUUCAAGUACAAUAUCUAACACUGGAAAGGGGGAAAUAAUCGAUGAGCAUGUUUUAGAAAAUGAUAGUCAUGAAAUGCACUCUAAAGAAUGCUUUGAAGUAAAAAGUAAACAAAAUAUACACAGUAAGACAGAAAAUAUUAUUACUAAAGAAAAACACAUUGAUACAUUGAUCAAAGAUUUCGACGAUAAACUGAUAAAAGAAGAACAGCAUUUGAAAAAAACCACAGAUGAUGGAAUAGAAAUAUUUAAUGUAGACCGAGAAGAAUACAAAGUGACAUCUAGCAUUAUAAAAGAAACAGUGAAUGAUUAUAAAAGCGAAGUAACAUUUAAAGAUUUUGAGCCAUGUUCAUCAAAAUCACUAAUCAAACAAUUAAGCGCGGAAUCUUUUCCUUCAAAAGAUAACUCAGUCCACUCACCAACUUCGCCAUCUUCGUCUUCAAUUGAUAUUCGUGAAGAAAAGCGUGUAAAUUUUGAAACUGUUGUCUUAAGAAAACCCGAUUCAAUUAAUACGAAUAAACUCUCAACAAAAAAACCUGCUGAUUCUAGCUCAAGUGAAAGCCAUUAUCAUUCGUUUGACCUAACAUCAUCUAGCAGACCGUGUUCGUCUGACGUAGACGGCCUUAUAGCUGGAUCAUCUGAGUAUGAAUCUGCUGUUUCGGUACCGUCAAAUGAAUACCACACCGCAAUAAGUUCGCUGAGCUCAAGAGAAUCAAUGAAAUCACUAGAUUCAGAAAGCUCUGGAAACCUUGCUUCAGUGGAAAACAGUGAAGCAUCUGAGACACUAAUUGCAUCAACUGGAGAUUUUGAUUUUGAUCAAGAAGGUACAAACUCAAUUUUAGAAGAUGAAGAUAAACUAGAACCUUAUGAACAAGAAAUACCAAUGCAUAUAAUUAGAGGAGAAUCCUUACCAAUUAUAGCAGAAUUAACCGAAAUGAAGUACAGUAGCAUGUAUAAAACUCAACCAUUUUCUCAGCCAGCAAUUAAUAGUGAAAAAAAUAUGCAAAAAAUGAAAAGAUCACAUGAAAUGACUUUUCAUCCUAUACCAAAACAUAUAACCAGUGACAGUUUAUCUGAUUCAUCAUCUCACGAAGAAAAAUUAUUAUCUAGUGAAGAUGCCAGUAUGAGUAUAUCGAGUACAGAAGGCCAAGCAAUACAAACUGUUGUUGAAGCAAUGAAUGGAUUUCCAGAGUCUGGAACAUGCAGUUUUAGUUUCAGCGAUGAAAAUACUAAAUCUGUUGAAACCUCAACUAUUCAAAAUGAAAAUGAAAAUUAUAACAAUGAGAACAAAAGUGUAACAAUUAUAUCAUCUUCAGUACCAACAGAACAUGGAAUUUCUCAAAAUGUAUGUACACAAAUGACCACAAAAUCGGAAGAAUUACAAAAAAAAGGACAUCGAAGAAAUAAUAGUUCAUUUAGUAAGAUAUUGGUUGAAGACUUGGAUAUUAUCGAAAAUAAAGAAGGUAUAGAUGUAGAUUCAUCCAAAGAAUUUACAGUUUAUAACCAACAAUCGGAACAUAUUCAAAAUAMAUCUAAAAAAAAACAUGAAAAUAUUUCAUCGAAAGAUGUACAUGAUUUAGAUUCAGAAAAAGAAAUUUCUUCAACACAUGAUAAACACAAUUUUGAUAUGCAUGGAAGUAUAUCCGAUAAACAUAGUUUUGAACACAUAGAUGAUAUUGCCGAAUCAGAUGCCGCUUUUCAAAUGGUACCUCAUGUAUCACCAGCAAUACCAGCUUCUUUACCCCCCACAAUACCAGAAGAUCCUUUUUCAGAAGAUGAGGAUGAUUUAUUAAACGAUUCUACAGAUACUGUUCCUAAUAUUAUGAUAACAGAACAUAUGGCUCCUUUAGUUGAUCGAGGAUUUCAUUACCCAGACUUAGAUCUUGAAGCUAAGGAACUAGAAAUUAAAUCAUCAACCCCACAAACACCUGCAUCAAUAAGUAGUAGAGAAUCAUCAGAUACAGAUCAAGGUAAAGAAUACAUAAUAAAUGAAGAGUAUGACCCACAUGAAGAACCUUCAUGGACUGGUGAGGAACAAACAAUUUUUGAAAAAGUAGAAGAAACCGAAGAAAAAGAAUCUGUUUCUUUGAGUGAAUCAUUCGAGUUAGUGGAGAAUAUCGAAGAAAAAAUUGACAGCUCAGAAGAUGAAUUUGUAGUUAUAGAAGAAAUAGGAAAAGAAGCUAAAGAAGAGGAUUCUGAAGGAAAAGCAAUACACAUUCAAAAAAAAACAAAAAUAAUUCAUACAAAUUUAAACAGUACGGGUUCACCUCAGCAUGAAUCAGACUCUGAAAGUCCAGGAUUAAAAAGUCAACUUGAAUUAGAAUUUGCAAAUCAAAAAUGGGUAGAACUUCAAUUUGAAGAUGACAACACUAUAAACGAAGUUUAUGCAUAUAAUAUAGAUUAUGAACGGCCCCCUCUUGAAGAUAUCAAAGAAGAAGAUACUGAUGAUUUGCAAAGCAGUAAAAUUGGGAGUAUUGGAAGUCAAAUCAGCCAUUCAAUAGAUAGUUUUGGCAGCAUGAAAGAAUCAUUUAGUAGCACCCCAGAAAGUAAAAAAUACUUAGGAAAAUCAUUAGAGAAUGAUAAUAUAUCGGUGAGUUCACUACAAGAGUUUGAAAGGUUAGAACAGUUGGUAAGAAUUGAAUCAAUGAAAGCGAAGUCUUCGGGAUCUUUAGCAUCAACUACAAGCUCUUCUAAUAGCAGAAAGGAUGAUUUAUCAUUAGCUUCUCUUAAAGAUUUUGAAACUAUUGAAGCAGCUUGUUUUAAAACUGAGUUGAUUGAAAACAAAGCUUUAGCUACCGAAAAAUCAUUAGAUGACGAAGAAAAAAUGUUUAAAAUCAAUGAAAUUAUCAAAGAAGCUGAGAUAAAUUUAGAAAAAAACGAAGAUAAUUCUGAAAAACAUUUAUCAGAAGAUGAUAAUUUGACUAGUACAGAAUCACUUGACUUAAAAACAAUUGUUACCGAAAUGAAAGUGUCCGCUUCUCUUGAACAUAUGUCAAAUACCGAGUUUGUAGAAGGGAAACAGAAUGAUUAUGACGACUGCAUGAACUCAAGUGUUUCAAGUCGUGGUUUUAGUAGCCCAAUUAUGGAUGACCGUUCAAAAGAGUCAUCAUACAGAAACAGUUUAAUCUUAGGUAGCAAUGAUUCACUAGGCCCAAUAAGUUCGACGUCAACGAAUGCAACUUACCACUGUGAAACUGGAUCCAAUAUGUCUUCUAGUUUCACAAGUGGAGGUUCAAACACUAUGGUCUCCAGCAUGGAAGGCCUUGACAAAACUGGAAGUAAACAUGAUUGGUUUGAUGAACAUGAAACUUUUGAAACAUUUAAUAGAGACCCAGAUGGAACAGAAUUCACUCAUAAGGUCAUACGACUACCCGCUGAAAUUCAUAAAGUAACAGCCAAAGGACCUGAAAAAGAAAAAAUUAUAGAAGAUUUUGUAGAAUACUUUUCACCUGGAGAAUUUCAAGAGGAUAUGGAACGUACAGAUGAGCAUGGAAAUAUAUUUGUUACGCGAAUUGUACAAAAACGAAUGGUUUUCGAUACUGAAGAGCUAGCAAGUAAAGGUAUUUCUGAAAACGAAUUAAACGAAUGUUUAAGAAAACUUUCUAACGACGCCCCUAAUGGAUUUGAAAUCAAUAAAAAAACUUCAACACACAUUACAGGAUCUUCUGAAGAAAUUAGAGGACCGUCAAAAAAUGAUUCAAAACAAGAGUUGCAAGUGGCUGCAUCAAAACCGGAAUUGAAGUGUGAAAUUAGUAUGGACGACGAUACAGAAAUAGAUCUACGCGAGCAUGACUGGCGCUUUCAACAUCAAAUAAAUACCGAAACUGAUGACAUCACAAAGCCAUGUACAUCUGGAUGGACUGGAAAAACGAAACCGAAAGAAAAUAUAUCUGAACUGUAAAUUCAAUAUAAUAUGAUUUUUAAUUUUAUAAUUGUAUACAUCACUAUUAUUAUUAGAAAAUGUUAUUAAUAAUG